CCAUCUUGUCUAUCGUGACAACUAGGCCUGUGUGAGGGCUGAAAUAUAAACAGAGGAGUUUAUUACAAAAUCUGUGUCAAAUUGGCGGUGUCAACACAUUUAUUGAGUCAGCAUCAAUGAAUACAUUGGAUCAACAAUGACAGAUGUGCAGGCGUCCCCUCGGAAUGGGGGUGGUAGAAGUAAAGGAAAAGGCACAAAUGACCCGAUCAGGUUUUUGCCAGUUUUACCAUCAAAAAGAACUAAACCGUCAUGGCAGCAGGGCCAGCCAUUGUUUGAGUUGUCCGGCAAACCAGUGGAGGAGGAAAAAAAUGGAAUUGAUCUGGUUGGAGAACUGACAGCAAGAGAACCAAAAAGACGGAAGACAGGGAAACUGAAGCCAUUAGACAGACAAAAUGGAUCAACAAAUGGCGAUGUUUCCCAGUUUCAGCAGCCGAAGAAAGACCGUGAACAUUUCAGGAAAGCCCUCGUCGAUAUCAUCAUGCAAGAUGAUCAGGGUAUGCCCCACAGCAGUACAGCGUCCAUGAAUGGAGACCUGCCACCUCUGUCUCGCACAGGGUCUCCCACAGGGGCAGAGAAGGAUAUUCUGCGUUACUAUUACUACAUCCACAACGGAAUUGACACUGAGCAUGUCGCUCCCAUGGAGGACUCCUGGCUGGAAAACGUCCUCACUCUGGUCCCGUACGAACUCAAGACUGGCCACGGAGAGACAAUUGAGAAUUUGUCAGAUGAAAUGAGAGAAGACUAUCUGCUCAGUGUAAAGAAAGCUAUUGUUGACUUCGUGCUGAAGGACCCGCGGGAGAAAGAAGACGACAACAAGGAGAAGCCUCCUCCUCAUCGCGAGGAAAUGGAUGUCGUACCGAAACCCUGGCACAAAUCCUUUGUCCAGGGCCUGGAACUGACCACACAGAACCUACACAUAACCACACCCUGUAUGCUGCAGGUCCUCGACUUCUGGCAUGUCUCGUUCGGCAACCUGCGGUUCAUUGAUAUCGAGGAGUUCCACAAUCGCGUCGAGUCGAUGGAGCUCGGACCGUUCCAGACACUAUGUAUGCGGCACGUAGAGGCAGCUAAAGACAGACUACUAAAAAAAUGGUUUCCCGAGGUCCAGAUCAUGUUCUACGAGGGAAACAAACGCAAACAGGUUCCCAGUAAUCAAGAUCCAGAGAAGCUUGAAUCGUUUUUCAAUUGUGCCGCAACUUUGAUGACAGACAACCUUCAGCAGCUGACCUUGAACUCUCUCAGCGAUUACACUGACCUCUUAUGUCAGCCACCACAUUCUACAAGAGCACAUGAACAUCCAGGAUUUGUGUUGCGUCUGAUCCUUGACAGUUCUGGAAUCAAGUUUGAGCCGACAUUCAAGGAGUUUGAGAUGGUCAUACUGAACGUGUAUGAUGUCAUGAUCAAAGCGUCUGGUCAGGUGCCCAGAGUGGAAACCAAACUCUACCUCGACUGGAGCGGCAACAAGAACAAGUCGAACUUACAGCCAAUCAUCCUCCUGGACAUCGUGGAGGCACACAAGCAGAAGGUGCGUGAAGUCAUCAGGAAAGAAAGCAUCGGACCUAUCGAACAUUGCAAAAUAUUCGACAAGUAUAACUUCCUGAUCUCCAAACAGGCCGAGGCUGAUGUGGAAAAUUUCGCAAAGGAGACACAUUCUUUUGAGGAAUACUCAAAGGAAGUGAAGAAAUACCAGAAGUUGGUGGAGGAAAUCACAUACGGCAUGCAAAAGGGUGAUUCGUUUAGACCAAAGGUACUAAGACUUGGCAUGUUCGAGGUUCACUGUGAUGAACUUAUCCGUGCCCUUGCUAAGCGAGCAGAGGGUUUGUGCCAGCGAUUGCUCACAUGCAUGUCAGAAGACCACAAAGAGGCUAACAAAAAAUUGUGUGACGACUACGAGGAGAUUGCAGAGAAGGCGUUGACAACACCCGCCAACACCGAAAAAUUGAUGGAGCUGAAAGCGUACAUCGAGACUGUGGAAUCGGACAUCAUAUUCAAAAUGGAAAAACGCCUGAUGGAGUCCAAGGAUCGGCUGACUUUCUUGUCGGACUUUGCACAGUUUACCCCGGCCGAGAUCCGCCUCAACGCUAAUGUGUUCAUGUGGCAUGGACGCAUGCCAGCCAUCUUUGAAGAACACAAGCUCAUCAUUUCGGAGAAGAAAUCGCAAUAUGAAGACGCAUUGAAGUUGCGUAGAGAUCGAUUCAGUGAAGAAAUGGAGAGUUACCAGAAACAGCUUGAAGAGUUUGCAACCUUUGGUGACAUGAAUGACAUCCAGAAAUAUCUGAGGAAGGCCCAAGCUCUCGACAACAAAUUGAAUGUGGCUCAGGAAAAGAUAGAGGCAUUCAACAAUGAAGAAGAGGCGUUCGGCUGGCAGACGACAGCGUAUCCCCAGAGACAGGGAAUCAUCAACACACUAAAGCCCUACCUCAGUCUGUACGAACUCACUGUCGACUUCAACAACAAAUACAAAGAAUGGAUGGAUGGACCAAUGAGUGGAGUUGAUCCUGACGAGGUUGAACAGGAUGUCGGAAACUUCUGGAGAAAUCUCUACAAACUGGAGAAGCAGUUUGACUCCGUCCCAGCUGCCAAGAAAAUUGCUCACAAGGUUAAGAACAAGGUAGAGGAGUUCCGAGAGCACAUGCCGCUCGUCAACACUCUGUUCAAUCCUGGUCUCCGUGACCGUCAUUGGGAACAGAUAUCGGAAUCAGCUUCCUUCCCUCUGAAACCAGACGACAGCUACUGUUUGUCCAAGUUUGUGGACAUGAAUCUUGAUGCCCAUAUUCCAAGAUUUGAGCAGAUCAGUGAAGCAGCUAGUAAAGAAUUCUCCCUGGAGAAAGCCAUGGAGAAGAUGAAGACAGAAUGGUCGGAAAUUGAGUUUACCAUCAUCCCGUACCGUGACACAGGAACUCAAAUUCUGUCGUCCGUCGACGACAUCCAGCUUCUUCUUGACGAUCACAUUGUCAAGACGCAGACCAUGAGAGGGUCGCCAUUUAUCAAACCAUUCGAGAAUGAGAUUCGAGACUGGGAGGGAAAGCUUAUGUUGCUUCAGGAUAUUUUGGAUGAAUGGCUGAAAGUACAGGCUACCUGGCUGUACUUGGAGCCCAUCUUCAGCUCUCCCGAUAUCAUGGCCCAGAUGCCGGAAGAAGGGCGUCGCUUCACAACUGUCGACAAAAACUGGAGGGACAUUAUGAAAUCUGCCGUUGUUGACAAGCACGUGUUGGCUGUCAUUGAGAUCGAGAAAAUUCUCGAAAGACUUAAGAAGUCAAACGAGUUGCUGGAAUUGAUUCAGAAGGGUUUGAAUGACUACCUAGAAAAGAAACGUCAGUUCUUCCCCAGAUUCUUCUUCCUGUCCAACGAUGAACUACUAGAAAUCUUGUCAGAGACCAAAGACCCCACCAGAGUACAGCCACAUUUGAAGAAAUGCUUUGAGGGUAUCUCACGUCUGGAAUUCACAGACACUUUGGACAUCACCCACAUGAAGAGCAGUGAGGGUGAGAUCGUGGAGCUCCUUGAUGUCAUUUCCACAUCCAAGGCUCGGGGACAGGUGGAAAAAUGGCUACUAGAACUUGAGGCGGACAUGAUUGCUUCCCUCCACAAGACAACUGGUGAGGCUAUCGUGGCCUACACGAAGCAGACACGAUCAGAAUGGGUCAAAAUCUGGGCUGGUCAGUGUGUAUUGGCCGUAACCGCUAUGUACUGGACUACAUACAUCCACGAAGCAUUCAAAAAGGGCGGAAGUGCGCUCAAUGAUUACCUCCAACUAAAUAAUGCACAAAUUGACGAUAUCGUAGCGAUGGUGCGAGGAAAACUGUCCAAACAAAAUCGUGUCACCCUCCAGGCUCUCAUUGUACUGGAUGUCCAUGCACGUGAUGUGCUUACUAUUCUCGUAAAGGACGAGGUGUGUGACGAGAUGGAUUUCGCCUGGCUAAGUCAGCUGCGUUAUUACUGGGAGGAGGAACGUAUGGUCACUCGUAUGAUCAAUUCUAUGCUGAAGUAUGGCUACGAAUACCUCGGCAACACUGGACGUCUUGUCAUUACCCCGCUCACUGACAGAUGUUACAGAACCCUUUUUGGAGCUCUUCACCUUCAUCUUGGUGGGGCUCCUGAGGGACCUGCAGGGACCGGGAAAACUGAAACUACCAAGGAUCUUGCCAAGGCCGUUGCAAAACAGUGCGUUGUCUUCAACUGUUCCGAUGGUCUCGACUUCAUUGCCCUUGGAAAAUUCUUCAAGGGUUUGGCCUCUUGCGGUGCCUGGUCAUGCUUUGACGAGUUUAACCGUAUUGAUCUGGAAGUGUUGUCCGUCGUGGCUCAGCAGAUUCUUACUAUCCAAAGAGGUAUCAAUGCCGGAGCGGACCGCAUGAUUUUUGAGGGCACAGAGAUCAAGCUGGAUCCCACCUGUUCCGUGUUUAUCACCAUGAACCCAGGUUAUGCUGGACGCUCCGAACUACCCGACAACCUCAAGGCGUUGUUCCGUACUGUAGCCAUGAUGGUACCUGACUACGCGCUGAUUGCCGAGAUCUCACUCUACUCCUGUGGGUUCGUGCAUGCCCGUCCGCUCUCGGUCAAAAUCGUGGCAGUGUACCGUCUCUGCUCUGAGCAAUUGUCGUCACAGCAUCAUUACGAUUACGGCAUGAGGGCCGUCAAGUCUGUGCUUACAGCUGCCGGAAAUCUCAAGCUAAAAUACCCAGAGGAGGAUGAAAACGUGCUUAUGUUGCGCUCCAUUAUUGACGUGAACUUGCCCAAGUUCUUGAGUCACGAUUUGCCGUUGUUCCACGGUAUCACUUCUGAUUUGUUCCCUGGCAUAAAACUGCCGCCCCCAGACUACGAAAUACUCAACGAGGCUAUCAAGGCCAACUGCACCAAGUUGAACUUGCAGUGUGUCAACUUCUUCUUGGAGAAGAUACAACAGAUUUAUGAGAUGAUGAUCGUCCGUCACGGUUUCAUGAUUGUCGGUGAGCCAUUCGGCGGAAAGACAAGUGCCUACAAAAUUCUGUCUCAUGCCCUAGCAGACAUUCACGAGAAGGGUCUGAUGGAGGAGAACAAGGUCCAGAUUACUGUCCUUAAUCCAAAGGCAGUCACUAUGGGUCAACUUUAUGGUCAGUUUGACCCUGUCUCCCACGAGUGGUCCGACGGAAUCCUGGCCGUGUCUUACCGAGCAUUUGCCACCUCCACAACUCCAGACAGGAAGUGGCUGAUCUUUGACGGUCCAGUUGACGCCAUCUGGAUUGAGAACAUGAACACCGUGCUCGAUGACAACAAGAAACUGUGUCUGAUGAGCGGAGAAAUCAUACAACUGGCCAACACAACCAAUCUCAUGUUUGAGCCCAUGGAUCUCGAAGUGGCCUCCCCUGCUACAGUGUCGCGCUGUGGUAUGAUCUACAUGGAGCCAUCUUCAUUGGGAUGGCGGCCAAUGGUGAAGUCAUGGCUCUUUAUGAUGCCAGCUACACUCACAGAAACCCACAAAUCCACCAUAAAUGACAUGUUUGAAAGAUUUGUGGAUGCCUGCAUCCAGCUUGUCAGGAAAGGCGGAGUUGUUGAACUGUCUCCAACCACUGAUAUUUCCCUGGUCAAUUCUCUCAUGAAUCUGAUGGACUGCCUGAUGGACGAAUUCCAAGAUGAGGCUAAAAUCUCACAGAUGGAAGAAAGGGAGAUAAUCACAUGGCUUGAGAGCAUUUUCUUCUUUGCCAUUACAUGGUCUAUUGGUGGAAGCUGUUCCGACGAUGGUCGUUCCAAAUUUGACAAAAUCCUCCGAGAAUUGAUAUCUGGUGGAAUGACGGAGGAUACAAGAGUAAAGAUAAGUCUGCCAGAGUUGGUAGACCCCCCGAUGAAACCCUACCUGAAUCCCUUCCCACCAAAGGGUCGAGUGUACGAUUACAGGUUCAUUAAGGAGGGAUCAGGACGAUGGUUGCAGUGGGCAGACGAAAUAAAAGACUCCCCUCCGAUUCCAAAGGAGGCCUCUUUUAAUGAGAUCAUUGUUCCGACUGUGGACACUGUGCGAUACACAGCACUCCUGAGCAUGCUCCUCACACACAAGAAGCCCACGCUGUUUGUUGGGCCGACCGGUACAGGCAAAAGUGUCUACGUGGGCGACUUCUUGCUGAACAAACUGGACAAGGAGCUAUACAAACCAAACAUCUUGAAUUUCUCCGCCCAGACAACGGCCAACCAGACACAGAACAUGAUCAUGUCGAAGCUGGACAGGCGUAGGAAGGGUGUGUUCGGUCCACCCCUCGGCAAGACCGCGUUGGUGUUUGUGGACGACCUGAACAUGCCGAUGCAGGAGACUUUUGGUGCUCAGCCACCCAUUGAAUUGCUGCGUCAGUGGCAGGACCACUGGAACUGGUACGACUUAAAGGAGAUCACAGCCAUGAAGCUGAUUGACAUCCAGCUGGUGGCAGCCAUGGGACCACCUGGUGGCGGACGUAAUCCUGUUACACCCAGAUUCCUCCGUCAUCUCAACACAAUCACGAUCAACGAGUUUGACGAUGAUACUAUGAUCACCAUCUUUAAAAGGAUAAUGGAGUGGCAUAUUUCCUCCAAAGGAUUCAGUAAUGAGUUCAAGCCUUGCGUAGAGCAGUUGGUUCUCGGCACACUGACCGUCUACAAGGAAGCCAUGAAGAAUCUGCUGCCAACACCAACCAAAUCCCAUUAUCUGUUUAACCUGCGAGAUUUCAGCAGAGUCAUCCAGGGGGUACUGUUAUCGACCCCGGAAACCAUGGAGGAACCAGCAUCCAUGAAAAGACUUUGGGUCCAUGAGGUAUUCCGAGUCUACUAUGAUCGUCUCGUUGACGACGCUGAUCGGAAUUGGCUCUUUACCUACGUCCGUGAAGUGUGUAAAACAGAACUCAGGGAAGACUUUGAUCAAUUGUUCAUACAUCUAGACUUUGAUAAUGACGGAAAGGUCACAGAAGAUGACCUCCGUAGCUUAGUGUAUUGUGAUUUCGCUGACCCGAAAUCUGACUCGAAACAUUAUGUAGAGGUUCGGGAUCUGGAAAAUCUACGCGUAACUGUGGAGGGUUAUCUGGAUGAGUUUAACAACAUGAGUAAAAAACCGAUGAACCUCGUACUGUUCAGAUUUGCUAUUGAGCACGUUUCCAGAAUUGCUAGAAUCAUCAAACAGCCCAGAAGCCAUGCCCUUCUAGCCGGAGUCGGUGGCUCCGGACGUCAGUCGCUAACAAGACUUGGUGCACACAUGGCUGACUUUGAUCUCUUCCAGGUUGAACUCUCAAAAAGUUACGGAACUCCAGAGUGGCGUGAAGAUUUGAAGAGAAUUUUACGUAAAUCUACAGAAAGUGAUAACCAUGGCGUAUUCCUUUUCUCCGACACUCAGAUCAAACAAGAAUCUUUCCUGGAGGAUAUAAACAACUUACUUAAUGCGGGUGAGGUGCCAAACCUUUUCGCUAUUGAUGAAAAGCAGGAAAUUUGCGAAAAAAUGCGACAAUUGGAUCGACAGAGGGACAAAACAAAGCAAACAGAUGGUACGCCAGUCUCUCUGUUUAACUUCUUCAUCUCCCGAGUAAGAGACCAGCUCCAUAUUGUGCUGGCCAUGAGUCCCAUUGGAGACACGUUCCGGAGCCGUCUCAGGAAAUUUCCCUCUCUUGUGAACUGUUGCACCAUUGACUGGUUCCAGUCCUGGCCAGAGGAUGCCCUGCAGGCCGUAGCCCUUCGAUUCCUCGAGGAUGUGGAGCUCGGCGAAGAAGAACGUGUCGGCUGCACGACAAUCUGUAAACUGUUCCACACAUCCACACGAGAUCUGUCCUCUCGCUUCUUUUUGGAGUUGGAACGACACAACUAUGUGACUCCAACAUCUUACCUGGAACUCAUUAGCACGUUCAAAUCUCUCCUGGAUAAAAAGCGACAGGAGGUUCAGAAGCAGAAAAGGCGAUACGAGGUUGGUUUGGAUAAGCUGCAGUCAGCUGCCUCCGAGGUCGCUGUGAUGCAGAAAGAUCUAACUGACCUUCAGCCACAGCUGGUCGUCGCAAGUAAGGAAGUUGACGAGAUCAUGGUGGUCAUUGAGAAGGACUCUGUCGAGGUGGCCAAAGUGGAAAAGGUAGUGAAAGCUGACGAGGCUGUGGCCAAUGAACAAGCUAAAGCCGCCAAGGCAAUCAAGGAUGAGUGUGACGCGGACCUGGCCGAGGCUAUUCCCGCCAUGAACGCUGCCCUCGCUGCCUUGAACACACUCACAGCUCAGGACAUCACAGUUGUGAAAACAAUGAAGAGUCCCCCAUACGGCAUCAAACUGGUGCUGGAGGCAGUGUGUGUGAUCAAAGGCAUUAAGCCAGAGCGUAUACCCGACCCAAGUGGCUCAGGGAAAAAGAUUGAGGACUACUGGGGGCCCUCGAAGAAAAUGUUGGGCGACAUGAAAUUCUUAGAGAGUCUUAGAGAGUUUGACAAGGACAAUAUACCACAAGCUUACAUGAAACAGCUGCGUGCUAAGUACAUGAAUAAUCCCGAGUUUGACCCCGACAAGGUCAGGAACGCCUCCACUGCCUGUGAAGGUCUGUGUAGAUGGUGUCGCGCCAUGGACGUGUACGACAGAGUGGCCAAAGUUGUCGCUCCAAAGAAGAUUAAGUUGAAAGGAGCUGAAAGUGAGCUUGCGACUGCCAUGGCCUCCCUGGAGAAGAAGCGAAGCUCGCUGCGUGAGGUCCAGGACAAACUUGCUAAGUUGCAAUCUACUCUUGAAAACAACAAGAAAAAGAAGGUUGACCUGGAGAACCAAGUAGACAUGUGUCAAAAGAAAUUGGAACGAGCUGAGCAGCUGAUCAGUGGACUUGGUGGAGAGAAGGAUCGAUGGGGCCAGGCUGCCAGACGUCUUGGUAUCCAGUACACGAACCUGACAGGGGAUAUCUUGGUCUCUUCUGGUAUUGUUGCUUAUCUCGGAACUUUUACAUCAGCUUUCAGACAGGACCAGACACAAAGCUGGAUCGAGUCCAUCAGGGGCAAUGGUAUCCCCUGUUCCAAUGAUUUCUCUCUGAUAAACACUCUGGGAGAACCGGUCAAGAUUCGAGCUUGGAACAUUGCUGGUCUCCCGACAGACAACUUCUCAAUUGAAAAUGGAAUCAUGUUGUCAAAUGCCCGCCGUUGGCCGUUGAUGAUUGAUCCCCAAGGCCAGGCAAACAAAUGGAUCAAAAACAUGGAAAAAGCCAAUAAUCUUCAUUGCAUCAAACUCAGCGAUGGCGACUUUGUCCGUACUUUGGAAAAUUGUAUCCAGUUCGGAACUCCGGUUCUUCUGGAGAAUGUACAGGAAGAGUUGGACCCACUGCUGGAACCGCUGCUGUUAAAGCAGACGUUCAAACAAGGAGGCAGCAUCUGUAUCCGGCUGGGAGACAGUACCAUUGAGUACUCACAGGACUUCAAGUUCUACAUUACUACCAAGUUGCGAAAUCCCCACUACCUCCCUGAGACCUCCGUCAAGGUGACGCUGUUGAACUUCAUGAUCACGCCUGAAGGGCUUGAGGAUCAGUUGCUAGGCAUUGUGGUUGCUAAGGAGCGUCCAGAACUUGAAGAGGAAAAGAAUGCCCUGAUCAUACAGGGCGCUACCAACAAACGCCAACUGAAGGAGAUUGAGGACAAGAUCCUUGAAGUACUAUCUUCUUCUGAAGGCAAUAUUCUAGAGGACGAAACAGCCAUUAAGAUCAUGUCCUCUUCCAAAACCUUGUCAGAUGAGAUUUCAGAAAAACAGGCGAUUGCUGAGGAAACAGAGAAGAAAAUUGACAAAGCUCGUCUGGGCUACAAACCAAUUGCCAUUCAUUCCACCAUCUUGUUUUUCUCGAUUGCCGAUCUGGCCAACAUUGAACCUAUGUACCAGUAUUCUCUCACCUGGUUCAUCAUGCUCUUCGGAAUGUCGAUCGAGAAUGCAGAAAAGUCGGAUGAUCUCGAGCUACGUUUGAAAAACCUGCACAACCAUUUCACGUAUUCUUUGUACUGCAACAUCUGUAGGUCCCUGUUUGAGAAAGACAAGCUGUUGUUUUCCUUCUUGUUGGCCGUCAACAUUCUAAAACACGACAAAUUGGUAAAUGAAGAAGAGUGGCGAUUCCUGUUGACCGGAGGAAUAGGUCUGGACAACCCACACAGCAACCCCACCACCUGGUUACCACCCAAAUCCUGGGAUGAGUUCUGCCGUCUGGAUGACCUUGAACACUUUAAGGGCAUUCGUCAAAAGUUUAUUCCACAGAAAGACCAAUGGAGAGAGAUGUACGAUUCACUGGAGCCCCAAAACGCCAAAAUGGCGGGAGAAUGGAAUGAUAAACUUCAGAUGUUCCAGAAGAUGUUGGUCAUCCGAUGUCUACGUCCAGAUAAGGUUGUCCCAGCCGUUCAAGACUUUGUGGCUGAGAAAAUUGGGAAGAAAUUUAUUGAACCUCCACCUUUUGACCUUCCUAAAGCUUUUGCAGACAGUACAUGUUCAGCACCUCUGAUUUUCAUUCUGUCUCCUGGUGCAGAUCCUAUGUCCUCCCUCCUCAAGUUUGCUGACGAUCAGGGAUUUGGUGGGGCCAAAUUUGACUCCCUGUCUCUAGGACAAGGUCAGGGGCCAAUUGCCAUCAAGAUGAUUCAGAAAGGAAUUAAGGAAGGAACUUGGGUGAUGCUGCAGAACUGUCAUUUGGCACCGUCUUGGAUGCCUACCUUGGAGAAAGUUUGUGAAGAGCUAAACCCGGAACAAACACAUCCCGAUUUCCGUAUGUGGCUGACAAGUUACCCAGCAUCAUUCUUCCCUGUGUCCAUACUGCAAAAUGGAGUGAAAAUGACCAAUGAGCCCCCCAAAGGACUGAGGUUCAACGUUCUUCGGUCAUAUUUGACAAAUCCUAUUUCUGACCCGGAGUUUUUCUCUUCUGUCAAGAAUCAGUAUGCUUGGAAGAAGCUUUUGUUCGGUCUGUGUUUCUUCCAUGGAAUCGUGCAAGAGAGGAGGAAAUUUGGACCGCUAGGCUGGAACAACCCUUACGAGUUUAACGAGACCGACUUACGUAUCAGCGUCCAACAGUUGGCCAUGUAUUUGAAUGAGUACAAGGAUAUCCAAUAUGAAGCCAUCCGUUACCUGACUGGAGAAUGUAACUACGGAGGGCGUGUCACUGAUGAAUGGGAUCGCCGUACUCUUCACAGCAUCCUCGACAAAUUCUACAGCACCAGUGUCAUUGAGGACAAAAAUUACAAAUUUGAUGAGACUGGACAUUAUUUCUCUCCCAAUGACCUUGAUUAUGAGGGUACCCUCCAGUUCAUCCGAGACCUACCAUUGAACUCCAAGCCUGGAAUCUUUGGUAUGAACGACAAUGCUGACAUCACCAAGGACCAAGGAGAGACACGUCUCCUUUUCGCCAACAUCCUCCUAACACAGAAACGGGCUAAAGCUUCGUCUGAAGGAGGCAAAUCCACAGAUGAAGUUGUGGAUGAAGUGGCUGCGGACAUCCUGUCCAAGUUGCCGCCAAACUUCGACACUGAUGCUGCGCUGAGGAAAUAUCCUACAUCCUACAAACAGAGCAUGAACACCGUCCUCGUCCAGGAAAUGGUGCGCUUCAACCGUCUCCUCAUCACAAUCCGAUCCAGCCUCGUCAACAUCAGGAAGGCACUUAAGGGUCUUGUUGUCAUGUCCGGUGACCUUGAGGAGGUGGUACUGAGUAUCCUGAAGGGCGUUCCCCCUGGUAUGUGGAUGAAGAAAUCCUACCCCUCCCUCAAACCAUUAGGAAGCUAUGUCAAUGAUUUCCUGGCUCGUCUUAAGUUCCUCCAGGACUGGUAUGAUCAAGGGCCACCUACCAUUUUCUGGAUCUCUGGCUUUUACUUCACACAAGCCUUUUUGACUGGUGCCCAGCAGAAUUAUGCCAGGAAGUACACCAUCCCUAUUGAUCUGCUCGGCUUCGACUACGAUGUCUUAGAGGACAGAGAAUACGACGAGUCUCCUGAUGAUGGUGUGUAUGUGAAUGGCCUAUUUGUGGACGGAGCAAGAUGGGACAGGAAAACUAAGUUGCUGGCGGAGUCUGAACCCAAGAUUCUGUUCGACCCCUUGCCUAUGGUGUGGGUAAAACCAAUUAAGAGAAGCGAUAUCCCAGAUCGGCCAAUUUACAGAUCACCUAUCUACAAGACAAGUGCACGUCGCGGUGUUUUAUCAACAACAGGUCACUCAACCAACUUCGUCAUUGCUAUGAGUAUUCCUUCGAACCACCCCCAGCAUCACUGGAUUGGAAGGGGUGUGGCCCUGCUGUGUCAGCUCGACGAUUAAAGACUCGCCCACACCCGAAGGGGCAGAGCUUAACUUUAAACUUUACAUAUGCAUAUAUCUUGUUGAAUAAAUUAGAAGCUGUCAAUCAAUGUGUGAUGGGUGUGGCUUCCAUCAUUGUGCUGAUGAGGGACCCAAAGAUAUGGACUGAUAGUCAAAUAACCUGACCUGAAUCGAAAAAUUAACACAAGUUUGGAGUGUGACACACAAACUGUUGUUUUUUUUAAUAUUUUGGAUUGAAGAGUAAGUAUGUAAAUAAUAAAAGAAUACAAUGAUCCGACAGAAACUAGUUGAAUUUCUGUCCUAUUGAAAUGACACUGAUAUAAUUACAAAACAAGAGAUGAAAAUCUUACAUGUUUAGAUUAUUUUAAUAUCUACCGUAUAUAUAUUGUUAAUAAACAUGUAUCUAUAUUUGAAUAUUUAUUUAUUGAACAUAUUAUUUUUUCUUCAAAAUGAAGGUUAAAAUAUAGUAUAUAAUUGUUAUUAGCUUGAAUCACAGGGUUUGCUGAAACAGGUUUUUUUAUUACUUCUGUGAAAACAGUUUUGUGCUAUUUUCCGUCCAAACUUUGACAUGAUAUUUGUGUUUUUUAGUUAUUAUUUCAUCAGAUAUUGCAUUUUUUUUUUGUAGAAUUUCGAACUGGUUUUGAAUAUUAAAUGGACAAAAUUAUUCGGAAAAAUUCAUAUGUAAUCUUUUUUAUUUCAAAUUCUCCUUUACAUAGGUGGUGUUUUCUUGUGCAUCAAAACACUUCAAUUCCUCAAAAACAUCUGAUUGAAAAAUAAUUUUGUUGUUGUUUAUACAGAUAAUUAACAUUUCCUGUACCUCAUCUUGAUCAAGUUUUCAAAGAAUAUUUUAAUAAGGUUAAAAUGUAAAUAAUAUGAAUUUUAGAGAGAAAAAAAUAAAUUGUCUUUAUAGAAGCUGUUUCUAGUUACAACUUCAUGAAUGUGACUAAUAUUAAAUGAUAUAUAAACUUUGCAUGUUCAGAGAUAUAAUCUGUUUUCAUGCCAAGAUCCACUUUUGUGGAAAUGGCACUGUGAUACUUCUAUAACUAAUCAUGUCCUAUGAUGUUAAAUUUUACUGAUGUUGUUAAACUAGUUUGUAAAUUUAUCAUACACACUUAACUUUGAAUCACUUUAAAUGAUAUAUAUAUAUUGUUUAUUUAACAUGUCUUUGCUUUCUUUUUAUCAUUAUCAGUUUCAAAAGUGAAAAUUAUCUUUGAGACCUUAAAAGUAUUAAUUGUUUAUGUAUAAUGGAAGAUUUCUUCUUCUUAAACAUUUAUUUCUUCAGGAUUUUCUUUUGUGUAGAAUUUUGAUACAAAAAAAUGCUGUAUUCAAAUCAAUACUAUUCUUCAUUAUUUAGUGGAGCUUGACAUGAACUCUUCAAAGUUCAGCUAAAAAUGCUUCUCGAGAUGAAUUCAAAAGAAUUACAAGAAAUUACUCUGUGCAUAAAUUAUCGGUCUGUAAUGAUUAUUAAAAUCAAGUUUUCAAAGUGUUUCUGGAUGAUAUAAUAUUCCAAUUGAUGGAUAUUAACUCAUUCACCCCUGAAAUUUUCAUAAUGCACUAUUCCAACCUUUGAAUUGGAAGAGUUCAAAUGCGUCUUCAGGGGUGAAAGAUGUGGUCCAUGGAUAAUUCUGGGACUAAGAAGGGGGUUUAGUAUACUGAAUUGGGAGGGUAUCAAUAUACCGAUGUCUGUGAUAUACUCUACUAUCUGAUGUAGCGUGCCUUUCUGUAACUGCUGUAGAGACGAUUAGUGUGCCUUUUUUUUUAGCAAUAUUUAGCAACAAACUCCUGAAACUGCUGUUUUGAACUUUAGUCUCCAAACUUCCUAAACAUGAUCUGCACCGUCUGCUGAUAAUAUUAUAUAUAUACAUUUAUAUGUUUAUUUGUACAGAUAUGUGAAAAGUUGUCAAAAAAUAAAAUGCAGAUUGAUGCUGAAAUAUGUCUUGUGUUUUU